AUUUUUCUAGAUACAAAAGCAAAGAAGCAAAGCAUCUUCUCUUCUCGUACACAUCCACAUUGUCUUGCUUUCCCUUGCAAGUUUCAACCUUUUCCUUGCUUAAGAGUUUAGCUCUCUCCUUUUUUCCCCCUUUAUAAGUCCAUUGAUGCACUAUUAAAACUGUGGGUGUAUCUUCUUUUUGCAUAAAACUCACUUUAAGUUUGGAAUCGCUACGUAAUCCAAGCGAUUAAUGUGGUCAAAAUGGGUCAAGAAUUCCAUCUUUUUGGUUCUUGAUGGCCCAAAGUUUUUGCACCUGUUCAUGUUUUGUGAUGCAUGUGAAACCCAUGAGUAGUUUCCCUUUGAGGUCCUCUUGUGUUCAUUUUGAUUGCAUGAAAUGGCUCUCUUUUGUUCUGGUGGUUCGUUUGUUCAUGAGUUUUAGCUCAGAGCCUUGCGUGGGCUCUGAUUCAAUUAGACCCUUUUCAAAGUUUCCACCUUUACUUUCUGGGUGUUUUUGUUUCUGAGUGAUCAAUAGAAGGAAGCAUUCAUUUGGUUUUAUUAGUUCAAUUUGUUCAUUUUCAUUCAUUCUUCUUCAAUAGUUGUUGUUUUUCCAACAUUUCUCUUUUCAUUCUUUCUAUUGUAAUAAUCUUAGGAAGUGGAAACUAGACCACCUCAACUUAACAUUGUUACUUUGAGAAAAACCAAAAAGAAAGAAGGUAAAAAAUAAGUCCAUCAUGGGUUUUCUAACAGACUCUCACAAAGACUCAUGGAAGCCAAUUAUGACUGCAAAGACAGACACUCAAAGUUACUGGCUUAAUUGGAGAGUUAUGCUUUGUGCCAUAUGGAUUGUGGUUUCAGUAAUUUUAGCUUCGUUGCUUGUAUGGAAGUAUGAGCGUUUGAGAAAACCAGCAAGAAAUGGUAGCAGGGAAACACAACAAGAAACAUCGGCAACUUUGUAUGAGGAUGAAACUUGGAGGCCUUGCCUCAAAGGAAUUCACCCUGCAUGGCUCAUGGCUCUUAGAAUUGUGGCGUUUAUCGCGCUUUUGGUGCUUCUCAUAAUCAAUGCAAUUGUUGAUGGAGGAAGCAUUUUCUACUAUUACACUCAGUGGACUUUUACUUCAAUCACCAUUUAUUUUGGGCUUGGAUCUUUGCUCUCUAUAUAUGGAUGUUACCAACAUCAUAAGAAAGCAACAGGGGAUAAGGUUGGUAAUGUGGAUGGAGAUGCAGAGCAAGGAAUGUAUGAUGCUUCUGCACUCCCACAAAGCUCUAAUCCAUUUGACCCAGAGAAAAGCUUGGGGGAUCCAGAAGAAGUUCUUGUUCGCCAACAUGCCGGCAUCUGGGGCUAUACUUUUCAAAUAAUUUUCCAGAUUAACGCUGGUGCUGUCAUGCUCACUGAUUGUGUAUUUUGGUUCAUAAUUGUUCCAUUUCUAACCAUCAAAGAUUACAACCUAAAUUUUUUGAUAGUCAUUAUGCACUCAAUCAAUGCAGUUUUCCUUAUAGGUGAUACAGCUUUAAAUUGUCUGAGAUUCCCUUGGUUUCGAAUAGGAUACUUUUGCCUGUGGACAAUCACAUAUGUACUAUUCCAGUGGAUUGUGCAUGCUUGCAUUUAUCUCUGGUGGCCAUAUCCAUUUCUUGAUUUAUCAUCCUCUUAUGCUCCACUAUGGUACUUUGCGGUGGCAUUACUGCAUGUUCCAUGCUAUGGAAUUUUCGCUUUGUUAAUGAAGCUGAAACACCAUGUCUUGUCAACGCGGUACCCAGACUCAUAUCAAUGUGAUAGAUGAAUUCAACUUAAUUUGGAGUAUACUACUAUCUUCAAUCUUAUGAUUACCCGGGAAAGAAGAACGAUAAGGAAAAGAGCAAAGAAGUGUGUUACAUAAUAUUAUUUACUAUUUAGCAGUAAGAAUUCACAUAUUGAACAAAUAAAUAGCAAAGUGUAUUUUUUGUCUUCCUCUGGAAGAUUAGCUACUACAGUUUGUCUCUUACUCUAACACUCUUCAAAGAGAAGCAAUGUAAUUAAUCAUGAAUUAUUAAGCAUAGAAUCUUGGAUAACUCAUUGUUGUGCAACAAAUGAUGCCCAACUCUGAAUAGUAAAGAAAUCCCAACUUUGUAGCCUAGAUAAGUGGACAAAUAUAAUAUUAUAUUGAGUAA